GUUUUCACAUCAGGAGCUGCUGCACAUAUUUUGCUUUUCUGUGAUGACGGCACAAAGUAAAGAGACAACUCUUGUAUAGCAGUGUCUCAUCAGGAGUCACAACCACCACCCACUUAGAUUUGUUUUGUUAUAUUCCUUAAUUAUUGCAAUGCACGGGUUCGCCUGCCUCCCCGCCGUCCCGCUGCUCUUACUCCUGUCCUGCUGCAGUCCUGCCCGGGGAUAUUUUGCGGAGGAGCGCUGGAGCCCCGAGUCUCAGCUCCUCGCUCCCCGGGUCCUGGUCGCCCUUAUCUGCAGAAACUCCGAGCACUCUUUGCCGUAUUUCCUCGGUACUAUUGAGCGCCUCAACUAUCCCAAGGACCGUAUGGCUCUUUGGGUAGCGACUGAUCAUAACAAGGACAACACCACAGCCAUUCUGCGUGACUGGCUUGUCAAGGUGCAGAACCUUUACCAUUAUGUGGAGUGGAGGCCAAAAGAGGAACCCAGACAUUAUGGGGAUGAAGAUGGUCCAAAGCACUGGACAGACCUCCGUUAUGAGCAUGUUAUGAAGCUUCGGCAAGUAGCACUGGAGUCCGCUCGUGAGAUGUGGGCAGACUACUUUAUGUUGGUGGACUGUGAUAACCUCCUCACCAAUCCCAAUGUGCUCUGGAAGCUCAUGAAAGAGAAUAAGACCAUCAUUGCUCCAAUGCUUGAAUCCCGUGCAGCUUAUUCAAACUUCUGGUGUGGAAUGACCUCCCAGGGUUACUAUAAGCGCACCCCUGCCUACAUACCCAUGAGGAAGCAGGUGCGUAAGGGCUGUUUUGCUGUUCCCAUGGUCCACUCCACCUUCCUCAUAGACCUCAGGAAAGAGGCGUCCAGGCAGCUGGCUUUUCACCCGCCACACCCAGAAUACAGCUGGGCUUUUGAUGAUAUCAUUGUGUUUGCCUUCUCUGCUCGGAUGGCAGAUGUUCAAAUGUUUGUAUGUAAUAAAGAGACCUAUGGCUACUUCCCUGUGCCACUGCGAUCUCAUAAUACUUUGCAAGACGAAGCUGACAGCUUCUUGCACUCCCUGCUGGAGGUUAAUGUGCGAAAUCCCCCAGUGAUGCCUUCCAAAUACAUACCUGUUCAUAGAAAACAUCCUGACAAAAUGGGCUUUGAUGAGGUGUUCAUGAUAAACCUGCAGAGGCGGACUGACCGCAGAGAACGUAUGCUGAGGGCAUUAUACGAGCAGGAGAUAACAUGUAAGGUCAUUGCAGCUGUAGAUGGAAAAGCGAUGAAUGUCAGUGAAGUUCAGGCUAUGGGCAUCCACAUGCUCCCAGGAUACAGUGACCCCUAUCAUGGUCGCCCACUGACAAAGGGAGAGCUGGGAUGCUUCCUUUCCCACUAUAACAUCUGGAAAGAGAUUGUGGAGCGACGCCUGCAGACCUCACUGGUGAUUGAAGAUGACCUGCGCUUCGAGGUCUUCUUCAAACGUCGCUUGAAGAACUUGAUGAGUGAGCUGGAGGAGGAAGGACUAGACUGGGAUCUCAUUUAUAUUGGUCGCAAGAGAAUGCAAGUGGAUCACCCAGAGAAAGCAGUGCCAAAUAUUCACAACUUAGUGGAAGCGGACUAUUCAUAUUGGACACUAGGCUAUAUGAUAUCAUUACAAGGUGCAGAGAAGCUUUUGAAAGCAGAACCACUCAAGAGGAUUUUGCCAGUGGACGAGUUUCUUCCUAUCAUGUACAAUAAACACCCUGUGUCUGAUUAUAUGGAACAGUUUGAAACCAGGGACCUGAAGGCAUUUUCAGCCGAGCCUCUUCUAGUGUAUCCAACACAUUACACGGGCGACAAAGGCUACAUCAGCGACACUGAAACCUCCACAGUGUGGGACAAUGACAAGGUCCAAACAGACUGGGACAGAGCGCACUCAGGGAAAACUGGGGAGCAGGCUGAGAUCAGCACUGAGGCCCAGAACUCAGAUGUGCUCCAGUCACCUUUGGACAGUACAGCACGGGACGAGCUAUGAGAGGAACUGAAUGAGGGCUUUGGAAAAAUUUUGAGCUGCAUAGGACAACCUCCUUAGUUUUUUAAUGAUGUUUCAUCUUUGAUACUUUUGAUUUUGCAUCACAGCAGGGAUGUGACAUCAGAGUUCGCAAAAAGAUUUAAUUUAUCCAGAUGCGACAAGUUUAAAAGGGAUCAGGUGUGUCUUGUGUUUUCUGUCAUGUUGUUCGUUUGUAGUUUUUACUUUAUAAAGGCACUAGACUUGCCAUUUGGAAUGGCAUUUGCAGUACCCAACUUCUGUCUGUCAUACAGAAAUGAACCUAUACAUUAGCAAAGAAUGCAAUUGGACUGUUACAUUUCAGUCAUUGGGCAGUUAACUUUGUCCUAUAAAGUGAAGUGCUUUUUUUUUUAAAUAAAUUUCUACAGAUUAAUUAGGCUAUAACCAAACUGUAUGUCACUGAGCAAAAUCAGGACUUAUGCAGACAUUCUUGUCUUAAAUCAACCGGUAAUCAUUCUAAAUCCAAUGGUCUCUCUUAUGAAAAGUCCAAGAGGAGAAUCUGUGUCUUUUUCUGUGAUCUUUAGUAUUUUCUCUUUUUAAACUUCAUAUUGCUGUGUUUUGAAUAAUCAUUAGCCAACACUUUAGAUGCUUGCAGCAGAGCUUUACCAAAGCAACAACACACACAACAGUUGUAGUAAACUCAGAAUCAUAGAUUUACUGCACUACUGUAGAGUAUACACCAAUGCAAUUUGUUAUUCCUGUGUCCCUUGAUGACACUUUUGGAUUGUUUCCAGGCUAAUGGUGUCAAUCGGCUGACAUUAUAAAUGGGACAAACCACUGUACACGCCUCAAACUUGAUGGUUUGGGAGGAACAUGGCUACAAAUGCCAAGUUCCCUCAACAAAAAAAAAAACACCCAACUAUAUCCAAACACACAUCAGUCUCUCCACCUCUUAAUAAUUGUCAGUUAAAUCUGAAUAUGAGCAUUUGGGGUAAGGAAUACUUGAUAAAAGUCCCCUGCAAAAGAGAACAUGUAAAGUUUGGAUCAUCUUACUUUACAUUUUAUUUAUUCUGUCAUGGUUUUGCCUCAAAUGGCUAUACUAAAUGUCCCAAGAAGUUUUAGGUAUUAAUGGGAGCCGUUCACCAUUGGUGCAUUGUGCCAACAAGAAAUAAAAUGUUUUAUUUUUAAAAAAAGUUGAAUGAUUACUGUGAUAGGAUGCAUAUUAUCAUGCUGGUGUAACCAAAUAUCUCUGUUAAUGUUGGUUAUGCAAAUUUAACUCAUGACAGUGGAAUGCUAUAGCCAGUAACAAGAUAAAAGACGUGAGGAACCACUUAACAUAACUUUAUUCUACAAAUUUGCACUUUAUGACAGAAAGUGUUGAUGUAUUAUUGUGACAGAGGUAUAAUAUUUUGAGUGGGAUGUUUAUCACCUCAUUCAAACCUCAUUUACACUGUGAACUGCAUGUGGAUCUCCCAAAACGGCUGUGAACCAUUUAUUCCAUUUAUACUUACUGUCACUGAGAAACACUGCGUAAGCAAUACAAGCCUGUAGCACUGA